AUGAAUCCAGCAUUGAUAUUUGUGGUGUUACUCGCGAUUCCUGUGGCGGUGGCUGACGCUGUGUGGGACGACGCCCACGUUACGUUUUACGGCGACAUUAACGGCGGAGAAACCAUGCAAGGAGCAUGUGGUUACGGAGAUCUAUUCAAAGAAGGUUACGGGUUAGAAACGGCCGCACUAAGCACGGCGCUCUUCAACAAUGGCCAGACAUGCGGUGCUUGUUUCGAGAUCCAAUGUGUAAACUCAAAAUGGUGCAAACCAAAUAGCGGUUCAAUCAAAGUCACAGCAACUAACUUCUGCCCACCCAAUUACUCCCCACCGCUUAAUAUACGUUGGUGCAACCCUCCAAACAAGCAUUUCGAUCUAUCGAUGAAAAUGUUCACUUCCAUCGCGGAGUACACAGCAGGGAUAGUUCCGGUGAAGUACAGGCGAGUGAGGUGUCAGAAGAGAGGUGGCGUGAGGUUUCAGAUCAAGGGAAAUCCUCAUUUCAUUAUGGUUUUGGUGUAUAACGUUGGAGGUGCAGGAGAUGUAACUAGUGUGGCUAUUAGAGGGCAUGAUAGUAAUUGGAUCCCUAUGCAAAGGAACUGGGGACAAAACUGGGAUACUGGUGUGGGUUUGUUGGGACAAAAACUCUCGUUUAAGGUCAGAACCAGUGAUGGUGUGGGCAUGAUGUUCAAUGAUGUGGCGUCUGAGAAUUGGGGGUUUGGUCAAACUUUUGAAGCAGGAUUAAAUAUUCAUUAGACUCUUUUUUAUUUUUUUGAAAAAGGGUUUAAUUUUCAUUAGAUUUCACAUGAUUUUAGUUUUUA